GAAAGCACGCUACAUUUUAACACACCCACCGCCCAGCAGACACCAAAACGAACCUCUUCGCAUGACCGACUUCAUUUGAAUCUGGUGAGGGAGGGAGUGGAGGUCUGGCGCCCGUCCUCAGCACUGUUAUUUCUCCCGCUGCCUUCGAACAACACAGUCGAUUCUCCUUAGGAAAACGGCUGAAUGGAGAGAAGAACAUUGUUCUAUGACAGCACUAAGGAAACUACCAGAAUUUCUUAUUUUCGAAGACAGUUUGCAAGUAGAUGCACAUCAACGAGCAAUUUUGAAAUUCGUAUAGUGAGGUUCGCUGUAGUGUAAGAGGCAAAGUGAGAAGUAGCGGCCACCUUUUGAGUAAAAUAACCCCUAAAAGAUCACAACCUACAGUAUUAUCGUUAGUGUAAUUUGGUAAGUAAUUUCACAUUUGCCAAAUUAGUUUGACAGUUGGCUGGAAUCAUGACUCGGAGAUCCUGUGUAAUUUACGCUACUGGAAUUGUCUGCGCCCACCUACUGAUAGUGGGGAUCGCCUUGGUGGUGGCUCAAGUCUUUCAAACAAUGAUUCACAACCGGCUAAAAAAGGAAUUGACUUUGACAGAGGCAAGCCGAGUAUUUGAGUCAUGGAAGAACCCGCCGCCUCCAGUCUACAUGGAGUAUUACUUCUUCAAUGUGACCAAUCCAGAAGUGUUCUUAGCAGGGGGAAAGGCAGUGGUCACCCAGAUUGGACCUUACACUUACAGGGAAUACAGACCUAGGGAAAAUGUGACUUUCCUUGAAAAUGGAACCAAGGUUUAUGCCCUGAAUCCCAAAAGCUUUGUCUUCGUCCCAGAGAAGUCCAGAGGUAAUCCAGAGGUCGACAUUCUGAGGACAGUCAACAUCCCAGCUGUGGCGGUGAUGAGUGAGCUGAACUCCUACUCCUUCCUGCUGCGUACCUUCGUCUCCAUAUAUAUGAAGUCCAUCGGCGUGGAGAUCUUCAUGACCCGCACCGUCCAUGAGGUGCUGUGGGGCUUCAAGGACCCUUUGCUCACCAAAAUCCACAGCGUUAGGCCAGAGGUGGAUGAGAUGUUUGGGCUGAUGUGGAAGAAAAAUGGAACUCAUGAAGGAGAGUUUGUGUUCCUGACUGGCGAACGUGACUACAUGGAAUAUGGCAGAAUAGACACAUGGAACGGGUUGACUGAAAUGUCAUGGUGGUCCUCUAAACAGAGCAACAUGAUCAACGGGACGGACGGCAGUGUGUUCCACCCUCUGUUGUCUAGGAAAGAGCUGCUGUACAUCUUUGCGGCUGACCUCUGCAGGUCUAUCCAUCUGGGCUAUGUUGAGGACGUGGACGUGAAGGGCAUCCCAGCCUACCGUUUUGCCCCGCCCCACGACGUCCUGCAGAGUCCUGAGGAGAACCCCACUAACGCCGGCUUCUGUGUGCCAGCUGGGGACUGCCUCGGCACCGGGGUGCUAAAAGUCAGUGUUUGCAGAGAAGGUGCACCUAUCGUGGUGUCGUUCCCCCACUUUUAUCAGGCAGAUGACAAGUACAUUAAUGCUGUUGAUGGACUGCACCCCAACAAGGAGGAGCAUGAAACUUACCUUGACCUUAACCCGACCACUGGGGUUCCCAUCCGUGCUUGCAAGAGAGCCCAGCUCAAUAUAAUUUUGAACAGAGUUCCAGGCUUCCCCGAAACCAAACAUCUAAACGAGAUCAUUUUUCCCAUCAUGUUUGUCAAUGAGACGGCCACUAUUGACGAUGACUCUGCUGCCCAGAUGAGAACCCUGCUGCUCAUCGUGACCUUGGUGUCCAACUUCCCUCUGCUCAUCGUGGGCAUGGGAGCCAUCCUGCUCAUUGUCCUAGUCGUCCUGGUCUGCAGGUCUCGCCAGAAGAAGAAUGAAGUAAAACGUAUUGAUUUUACUGAAGCUUUUCAUUCUUUUACUACGGCAAAAGAUGAAACGGCCUACACUCAAGUCAGCGACAAACCAGAGGUUGAACCAUCAGAAAACAACUAUACCAACCAGCCAAUGAGGAACGGCUCCUACAUCGCCAUGUCUCCCGUGGAGGCUCAGAAGUGUUGAUGCAGGCUGCAGUGUGUGGAGGGGCAGGCGGAGCAGCCUGGGCGUGGUAUUAUAACCAAGGCAUGGUUUUGCAGUGCGGACAGGGGUUUUCACUUUUGGGCAACAACCCCAAUAAAUGUCCAUGUCAAUCAAGAUGCUGCUCAUCUCAAUGAUGCUCUUGACUAUCCUGCUGAGAAUGGUCUUUCUGCCUGCCAUAGUGCAAAACAACAACUCCUGUCUACUACUACUACUACUACUACUACUACUACUACUACUGUCACUUCUGUCUCUGUUCUGUUGGGCUCAGUGCUGGGUUCAUGAAGGAACACUUGGACAGCCAGGACAAAGCUUUUUUGAGUAUUUUCUGCGAGGGAAUAAGUAUCAAAUUAGGCAGUAUUCUCACUAAUUAAUAACAACCACUGAGCAGUCACUAUCAGCGUUCUACUGACUGAUGGGUAGUCUUCACCUGAUUUAAUGAAGACUAGAGGGUCCUGAAACAUUUCUUUGUAUCAGUGUUUGAGGUCACCUCAAACAGCCACCAGAUUAAAACAUCUGGUAUUCUUCUCUCCCUGUAACUGAGUAUUCACUGACUCAGAAUAUAAGUGGUUUUGCUAGUAAAACUGUACUUAGCAUAUCCUUUUUAAAGAAAAAAGAAAUGGACUACUUAUAUCUUAUUUUCCAGGGAUGAGUCCGUCAGUGCACACACCCAAGUUGUUAUCAAAUAGAAUUUGUGACAGUUUGUGUGUGCAUGUCUUGUCCUGUUUUGAUUGGACUAUGGGGGACUAUUUUUCUUGACGCAGGCUCAGUGUAGUAUGACAACUGAGAAACUAGACAUUUAGCCCCUUUUUUUUCCCCUUUCCCUUUUUCCCCAACACUAGUUAGUUUCAGAUAAGGCAUUAGUAAAUGGCUGCUUUUCCCAUUAACGAAAGGCCUAAACUUUCAUCUCAUAUUGAAAUUGUAAGAAAAAAAACCAUACCCACAACUUACAAGGGAGACUUGAACCUACUUUCUGCCUUACAACUUUCUGUGUUUCUUUGUUGAUAUGGUAAAAAGCUGGAUAUCUUAAUAGUUGUACAUAUGCAAGUGUGAAAUGUCUGGCUACCUCUGACCUAAUCCAGCAAGUAGUCACAGGUGUGCCGAAGACACCAUUUUUUUAACAUCCGUGUGGACCCACUUUGUGUCUGCAUCAAUACUUGGAGAAAGCACAAAUUGGAUUGAUAGUACAGUCCUCAUAACAAGGUGACCAGGUUAUCACAUAAAGACGAAACACUGUUAGAAACAUCGACUGGUGCGCCGUAAAAAAAAACGCAGGUGAAUUGUAGAAUAAACAAUCGGGCCAUGCACACUGCUUGUGCUGUGCAUGUUAUGUCAGAGUCAACUGGCUUGCCAAGGAGCUGUAGAUAUUCAGACGAACAUGGCACUUGAAUCACUCUGUCUGAUGUUUUGAUGUUUUUUUUUGGCCAUUUUGGUCACUAGUCUCUGUCGUUUCAAGCCUUUUGGCAGUUGCUUCUGGAAAAAAAUGAACUAAGGCCAUAAUACUGUCAACUUGAAAAUUCCUGCACUUUCCCCAAAAAAAGAACGUGCCCUGUAUUUUUUGGGUUGUUAUAUAAAAUGCAAGGGUCCUUCUGUGUAUUUCAGUAGUUUGCCCCACGGUUGUUUUUCAAUGUGGUUCCUGAGGUGUUAUUCUAGAUGGACACUUUGCCUUUGUUACUUGCUUUUCACUACAUUGAAUAUGAUUUGUUUUAUUUGUAUCUAUUAUUGCUGCUAUUAAUUGCCAUAACCUAUGGACUUGUAUUUUUUCUAUGGAUGAGCCAUCCAUGCUCAUAUUCUUUUUUAAGGUUGUUCCAACAGAAACCAGUAUCAACUUCUAAAUUGCUAUGUCUGGUCUCUGUGAAGCAACUCUUUAAAUAUUGAAGAAUAUUUGAGCAUGAUACAAUGCCCAAAGCUUGCUGUCAUUUACUGUGAUUAGCACAUAACUAUAGAUAGCAACACAUUGUAACAUGAGGAAUAGUCCAUAUUGGGAUCAUUUUGAUAUUUGUAAUACUUGUUUCUGUGGGUGAUUAUAGGGUUUGUUCAACUGGAAACUCUGGAGUUCUAGAUGGGAUGCCCUAGUAAACAAAUGUAAUCGUUUUUUUUUUUCUCAAGCAUGAGUUUGGUUGCGCAAUUAAGGAUGUUUGUCAGACAUGGCUUUGGGCAUCUACUCAAACUUUGGUCCUGGUUAUAUUAUAUGUCAAGGACCAUUAAACAGUAGGCCUUUUCAUCUCAAUCUAUAUACAAGCAAUCAUGGCCUUGUGCAUGUAUUGCUUACUUGUUUAAUCAUCACAGUAUAUCUUACCAUCCUUAUUGACUUGAAUCUAUAAGACCUUAAACCUGAACUGUGUUGCGUGCGCGUGCACACACACAUACACCUGAGCCAAUACUUACCACUGUCUGACUGACUAGUCCCAUUCACCUUUUGUACCCAAUCAUUCAAGUCCAUUCGCUCCCCUGUGCUUGACCAAAGAUAACCUACAUAGAUCGGUUCCUGCUCGUGUUUACUCUAUUUAGAGAGAACGGUUGUGCCGCCUACCUUCUACACUAUGGCUGCGUCUGGAAUUGCACCCUAUAUAGUUUACAGUGCAUUACUUUUGACCAGGGCACACAGGCUCUGGUCAAAGGUAGUGCCCCCUGGUCAAAGGUAGUGCCCCCUGGUCAAAGGUAGUGCCCCCUGGUCAAAGGUAGUGCCCCCUGGUCAAAGGUAGUGCCCCCUGGUCAAAGGUAGUGCCCCCUGGUCAAAGGUAGUGCCCCCUGGUCAAAGGUAGUGCCCCCUGGUCAAAGGUAGUGCCCCCUGGUCAAAGGUAGUGCCCCCUGGUCAAAGGUAGUGCCCCCUGGUCAAAGGUAGUGCCCCCUGGUCAAAGGUAGUGCCCCCUGGUCAAAGGUAGUGCCCCCUGGUCAAAGGUAGUGCCCCCUGGUCAAAGGUAGUGCACUGUAUAGGGAAUAAGUUGCUGUUUCGGAUGCAUUCCAAAUGCAAUGUAUUUACAACUGUGUUUGAGUCAUGUGCUUCUCCCAUCAAGGCCAAAACAUGUAGUUUUUACAAUUUGAUAAGGAUUAUUAAUAUUAAGUGAACUUCAAAGGGUUAAACUGCAUCUCUAAUGUGAAGGGGAAAAACUGAGUUAUGUAUUGACGCAGCAAUACAAGGUUAUGUAAAAUUUUAUAUAAAAGUUUUUUAAUCUGACACAAUAUUUAUGUAUCCAUAUGUUCAUUGUUAUAUUUGUCCCGAGUGUAUGUUUUUUGUGGUCGUGUUUCAUUUCUAAGUACAGUUUAUUUUUUAAUAUUCAAUGGGGGUUAUCGCACACAUGUUCAGUUUGUAUCAUGAAAUGUUUGUCUCACAGAAAAAUACAUCUUGUAAAGCUGGUUCUUAAUGUGAGAUAUUGAUCCAUCAGUGAGGGUAGCAAAGUCUCCAAAUGUUCUGGGAGAAUUCCUUGAUGGUUGUGAAUGUGUGUGUGUAGGAUAAUAAGCUAAUGUAGACCUAUAUUUGUGCAGCUAAUGCACAGUUUUGUCAAACUGGAGUGAUUAAUUGGAAGGCUGACUAUCUGUGUACAUGUGUAGGGAGAUUACCUUGGUGCCAGAACAGGAACAAGGGAGGUGUACUCUCAAUCUAACCCAUAGAUGAAUGAAGCCCUCCUUCAGGGAAGAAGAACGCUGGUGCCAUACAUCCUUUUAUUUCAUCAAUGUACUUUCACGUUACUGAUUUUUGUUUUAAGCAGUGUAGCAACUGUAUACUGUUCACAUGUCAUUGAGUGUAAGUUUCUCAGUCACCGACUAACAGACAUUUCAUGUUACUUCUGAGAUAUAUAUAUAUUUUUUGCUGCUGAAAGUGACAAUCGUCAUGUUUGGUGCAAAACUAUUUCAAAAGUAAUCCAUAACUUUUAGUUAAUUUACACUGCACAAAUGUUUAUACAAUGCUUUUGUAAACAUUUUUAGUGUAUUUGCAAAAAUAAAUACAUUUGCAAUGAAUGCAAAGAAUACAG